UUUCAGGGCUUCCCGUUUACUCUCAGGAUCUUUUAGGAAGGAGUUUCUUUUGACUACAUUUUCCCGAGCUGUCAUCACUCGUCAGUUGUUUAGGUUGCCAGACUGGUUUAUUUUGAUUAAAAAACGAAACACAAUCUGGAAGGCUGAUUCUUAGCUGUCAAAGGAGAUAUUGGUAACGAUUAUUCUGAUAACCGAUUUCCUUCGUCUGAGCAGUGCAGUGCCGACCGUGACUGCAUCUACCAAGGCUUCCGUAGACUCUAUUCCAUCUUGGACGACCCAAACGAUUUCCAAAUCGAUUUCCUUCCCGAUUCAGACUACCAUAUUUCUACCAAAUAAGCCUUCGAAGUUGUCACUGUCAGAUUCCAUAACGACAACGACGACUGGGAAACCCAUCACAUACGUUAUCCUUACUUCUGUGACAACCGCUGAUGCUCCGAUGAUUUCUCCCCUCCUCCAGGCUUCAUCCAACAGCUCCGGGUUGACUGUUGUUGACAGAUCACAAUUAGGCAAAGACUUCAUCCCAGCAACAACUAACUAUUCUAGUGUAGAAAACGACAAGCACUGUUUAAAACAAAAUUGGAUUUCGUCGUCCCCAUGGCAGUUCCCAAUUAACAGCGGCUUGUGAUGCAGAUCAGCAGAAUAUCUGGCAAGAUCCAGCCGGAACCGCAAACGAUAAUUAUGCAAGAUUAUGCGAAUUUUGACCAUCCAGCAAGAAAAAUUCCAGCAGACAAUGUGUCAGAAUUGGCUUCAACAGUGCAGGCAAUGAACCUCCCAAUAUUAUGAUUUAACUUGACAACCAUAGCUUAUCUUUUUAAAAAGCGUGCAAUUCCGGCAUAGCGCGUUAAACUGCUGCCAGAUAACACUAACGAUGUUUUGACAAAUUGGAAUACCUUAUUUUGUUUUCCUUUUUGUCAGGGUUUUUCGUAUUGUGGAAACGGUAGCUAUUUUUACCUUUCGCUAUGAUUUCCUUAUCUUAAAAUUAUUCAGAUAUUUUUUUUGCGUCGUGAAUGAGCAAUUUUCACGUGAAAAAAAACAACACUUCUUUCAACUCCGUCUCUGGUAUCAGGUAAAAUUUCCUCACCUUGGCACGAUUCCAAUUCUAUUGUAUUCUUCUCACAUAUUCCGCACGAUUUUCCGUCUGACUCUAUCAGUUGAUCACCGUCGCUUGGUUGUUCAACGUGCAAAAUUUGGAUUUAUCAACCGGCAUUAACUUUGAUUGAAUUUGAAAAUUUGGGAGUUAUUUUUCGUGUGUUUUUAGAACAUUCAAACGGGCCGCUUGAUGGUGUUAGUCAUCGUUCAUAAAACAACCAAGACUCGUCAAGGUCGAAUCUCUCGUCUGCAGGUAUAGGUGCAAAGGUAUUUCAACACAACCCACGCAUCUGGUUAUUUCAGCCGUCUGGCUCUCUGCAGUUGGUCGCUUGUUAUUGAUUCAGUUAGUUAUUGUGGAAAGUGCUGAGAAAUGUCCAAGAAAUUCAUCAACCACCCGGAUGAUUGCGUUGAUGAAGCUUUAGAAGGCUUGGUUAUGACCCACCUUGGUCUUCGUAUUUUGGGAGAGCAACGUGUCAUCGUUCAUGAAUCGGGAAGAGCUGCAAAUGGAAAGGUUGGAGUUGUUGCUGGAGGUGGAGGAGGGCACGAACCGUUCGCUGCCGGUUUCGUCGGGCAAGGCCUUUUAACAGCAGCCGUCUGUGGCCGGGUUUUCUCUUCGCCGCCGGCUGGAGCUGUUUUAGCUGCGAUCCGGGCCGCACGUUCAAGUGAAAAUGAUGGGGUUUUAUUGAUCGUGAUAAAUUACACGGGCGAUCGAUUGAAUUUUGGUCUGGCGCUUGAGAGAGCGCGGAUGGAAAACGUUCGCGUGAAAAUGGUCAUCUGUGACGACGACUGUGCUCUUUCGAGUUCCUUCAAAGCAGUCGGUCGUCGAGGAUUGGCAGGAUCUCUGUUCCUCAUGAAGGCCGCCGGAGCGUUAUCUGAAAGAGGAGAAAUGCUCGAUUCCAUGGUUCACGUGUUGGAAGAGAUGAAAAAGUCCAUCGGCACUAUUGGGGCGAGUCUGACAUCGUGUAGCGUUCCAGGUGGUGAAACAAUGUUUCGCUUAGAGGACGACGAAGUCGAACUAGGACUUGGUAUUCACGGAGAAGCUGGAGUCAAACGAAUCCAGAUGACGACUGCCUCCAACAUAAUCGAAGAAAUGUUGAAUCGAAUGACUGACAGUGAUUCAUCUUGUUCAUUUCCUCUUCCAUCCGGUUGUUCUGUUGCCCUGAUUGUUAACAAUCUGGGCGGAUUGUCCAUCAUGGAAAUGUUCAUUGCUGCUCGCGAAGCCAUUAAGCAACUUGAAUCCCGUGAGGUUAAAGUUGUUCGCUGCUAUGUCGGUCAUUUGAUGACGUCAUUGGAAAUGAGAGGAAUCCAGUUGUCCGCUUUGCGUGUAGAUGAGGACGAGAGAAGUUGGUGGUUGAGUUUACUUGAUGCUCCCACUUCUGCGCCUAUGUGGCCACACCCACUGUAUCACGAUCGAAUUACACCCGAAAAACUCUCAGAUGACGUUGACCACUGGGAUCACAUCAAACAUCGAGGACCCAAGUUAAGCAAAAGAGGCCAGCGAGCUUUAAAGAUCGCCAUUCAUGGUGCCGCAAGCGCAUUGGAAUCUCACAUCGAUCGUCUAAACGAACUGGACUCCGGAUGUGGUGAUGGUGACUGUGGUUCCACUCUUAACCGUUGGGUCGAUGGUGUGCGCCAGAUUGAACUAAAACUGAAAUAUCCCUGCACUGUCCUCCAUCAGCUGAGUUAUUUAAUGGAAAGUAAAGUAGGAGGAACUUCUUGCGCUAUUUACGGCAUUUUUUUCGCAGCAAUGGCCAAAGCUUUUGAAGAUUCGGAUAUAAAUGGAAUAACACCUGAACGAUGGGUUCAUGCCGCUAAAGUUGGUCUUGAUGUUGUAAGGAAGUACGGAAAUGUGGGGUCUGGCGACCGCACACUUGUGGAUGCUCUCCUGCCAGCACUGGAACAUCUACAGUUUCAUUCUAAAAAUUGCAUCAAUGAGAUAUUGGAUGAAUUAUUGGCUGCCUGUGAAGUUGCUGAGGAAGAAGCUGAAAAAACUGCCGGAAUGCGAGCGAGGGUUGGAAGAGCUAGCUACGUCAAUGAAGAUCUCUUAUCGAAACCCGACGCCGGAGCCACUGCUGUCGCUAUUUGGUUCCGUGGUUUUGUUUCUGCUUUAGACUCUGAGUUACAUUCAGAAUUCUGCGCAAGGAAGAAAUGCGGAAAUAGGAGAAAUAGCAUCAGCAGCAGUUCCUCGAGUGACGUUGAAUAAAAUUCAAGGCAUAUACAUUCAGACGCAAUGGGAAUAUUGGAAUUCCCAAGAAUUUUAUCAUCCAACUAUACGCAAUGAAAAAGAUUAUUGUUGUUUGACCACAUUGUAGUAUUUUAUUAUCGGGACAUUUAUUUUAAAAUACUGCGUUGUGUGAUAUUUCAAUGGUGUUUCGGUUAAAAUUUCCCAUAGUGCUUGUCCGGAUACAGCUAUCUUAAAGAUAAAUAAGCUACAAUUAACUUUCCUUGUUGAAAUGAGUGUGGUUCAAUUAUCGACAUGUUUGUUUCAUGUUUUCGUUUCCUUAUCUUAACACGUCAGCCAAUGUAGAAAAAAUAGUUUUCCUAUUUUGAAAUGUCUUAUUUUGUUGCGCAAUUCUGACAGAGCAUCGCAGUUUAUUCUUAUUUACAUUCUUAUCCAAACAAAAUCCUUAUAAAAGACUUACAGACUGA